AUGAAAGGAAAAGAAUGCACAGCAAAAUGGUCCCACAUCAUUGAUUUAUAUAAUAGAUGCCCAGAUUACAGAGGUGUCAAAUUAGUGCCUAAGCUGACUGCUUACCACGUCUUACCAAAUUUAAUCCCAAAGAUAAGGGUGAAACACUGCACACAAGUGUUUAGUCAAUCUGUUGGAGUAGGCUUUGCGUGCAUGGUAGAAUUAGGAGCUGUUGAUAAGAGCAGUUAUGAGACAGCGGACCUCCUAUCGUUUUUCGAUGACCUUUUUGACAGCAUGAAUGGUAGUUUCAGCGAUAUUACAGGAGGAAAAAUGUAUUGUGCUGCAGUAACUCCAAUUUCACCCCAUCACGAUUUGUGGAAUUAUAGUAUCCCAAUCCUCAAAAGUAUGAAAUUUGUAAGCAGUAAUAGUCAAGGAGUAGUGUCAUCUUUAUCCAGUUGGAUUAAAACAAUAGAAAGUUUUAAAAAUAUUUUAAAAUGUUUAAAUUAG